ACAUAUGUAAGCUUACAUUAAAAGUGAACGUCAACAAGCGGAACAGUCAGUACACAAACUGUAAGUAAGAAACUUGUCUAAUAACACACAGACAACGAUGUUGUGGAGUAGUGUUUGUGUCGCCAUCACUCUGUACAAAGUGCUCGUAUUGUCAUCGUUAACAUCUAUAUCAACAACAGACGCAUGGACUACAACUACCGACCAACGGACUACAACAACCGACCAAUGGACAACAACUACCGACCAAUGGACAACAUCUACCGACAUAUGGACAACAACUACCGACCAAUCAGCUACAACUACUGACCAAUCGACUACAACUACCGACCAAUUAUCCACAACAACGUUCAUCACAACUACGACCCCACCUUCUAGAAACUCUUACACAAGCACCUCCAUAACUGCAUCAUCUGAAGCAGGCAUAACAACUUCAACGGCGACUACAAUGACAUCUACAGACACCGAAAGAAGUACUGAUACCAAAAUCGUGACAUCAACAUUCGGGCCCACUAUAUCCACGGAAUCCACAUCAGAGACAAGAACUACCGUUGAAUCCACAACUGUGUGUCCAACAGACACAUUUCCGUAUGUCGCUGUUAUCGUCCCUGUCGUGGUAACAAUACUGAUCGUGCUGCUGGCUACAGGAGCUAACGUAAUCCUCUACAGACGACGUCUUGCUCUGGCACAAAAACCGAUGAACGCUUAUGGCGUCGAGACACCAACUCCUGCAACGUAUGAAAGCCUUGGUGUCAACAGAGAAAAACCAUCCGAGAUGUACGAUGUAGUUGGUAAAGACAAUGCUAAAACACCUAGAAUUUAUGAAAAUAUGAGCGCCACUACUGAGAACCAAUCAGAUAUGUACACUGAGUUGACAUAAAUUUUAGACAGUAAUACAAUGUAAGAAAGAGAGACAAUUGUAUACCUAUAGUCCGGCCAACAAAUUAAACAUCUUUCACCAGUGCUUUUUAUGUCUGAAUGGUAAAAAGAAACGGUUAUCUUAGUAUAGUCAUAUUUUAAGUUGUAUUAUAACGACAUGAAGGUUGUUGUGAUGUGUAGUAUUAUCAGCUAUUGACAGUUAAGGUCAUUUAAGGGAAGCUCGUAAACACGAUUUACAGAUACAUAUAUAAUUUACAUGCUUUCAUUUUAUAUUACAAACAAUACAGAUAAAUAUAUCUAAAUCAUGGUUUGUUGAAGGAAACCGAAAGAAAACAUACCGUCGGUGCGUUGAUAACAUACAAUUCCAGGUCCGAUCAGGAAAUUGCAUCCCGACUGCCUUGGCGAUUGUACAUGGUAUCCAAUGCACCCACGGUACAAAGAACAAUUGCAGGUAGUUCAUGUUUAUGAAUCCUUUUUACCAGCGUACAAUAUGUCUAAAAGUUCCAGCCUAAUGGUAUGAAAACAUUCCAUUCAGAGAUGACAAUAGUGUUCUUUCUGAUAAGAAAAUGCUUCCUGGCUUAACGAACUGUUGCCUGAAGUCAAGAUUUCGUGGAAACAUACUUCAUAUCAGUGAUCUCAAUGGUGUUUGCGGAAUAAUGCUUAGAACAAUUUAAUUUCUUUGCUUCUUCAUCCAUAUAUUGUCAUCAAAUCACCAGCAUAGAAUAGAGAAUGUUGAAUGCUGUCAGCGAAAUAUUGUUAUAGUGGUGUAUCUUGUGCAUAUUCUCUAUCUUUUAGCUGACACACAAGUUGUGUACUCUAAAUAAUCAAUGGCGCAAUUUUAUAUUGUAUGAUAACAACACAGAACUUUAGCCAUUAAAAUGAUUGCAUCAAGCAGGAUAACAUUUAACAGCAAUAGCAAGCGUUCGAUGUUACCUUAAUGACAACUCAUUCACACACACACAUAUACGGUAUAUAUAUGUGUUGUUUAUAUUAUUUAAGACUAAAAUGUUCUUGAUACUCUAUUUAACCAUGUUCCUAAUUAAAUAAAGGUAUUCUCUGUUCUGACUCAUAAAAAAUGUAUGUUUAUGACAGAAUGGCCAAAUAAAACUACAAGCGUAAUUCUUA